AUGGGAAAUCAUCAUAUUCCAACUCAAAUCAAGGACAUAGUGCUAGAACUUUGGACUCUAGGAUGGGAGCUGAGCGACAUCUGCCAUAUCUUUCACGUUUCACCUAGCAGCCUCUACCACUGGCGUAACCUUUUCGAAACAUUCGGGACACCUGCAAAUCGACUGGCACCCUUCCGUGGACGUCCACGUAUUGUUAGCCUUGCGGCCCUUGACGCCAUCCAUGUCCUUCUGAAAUCCCAUCCUGAUACCUAUCUUGGCGAGCUACAGUGGUACCUAGCAAUUCAUCAUGAUCUUCCUAUAUCCAUCUCUGCACUCCAACAGAAUCUUGUCAGAGCUGGACUGACUCGUAAAGAUGAGCAGCGUCGGGCUGUAUAUCUAGCAGGAGUCACUAACCCGGUCAACUUCUCAGGGACUGGAUUUGAGUUUGUCACUGUGGAUGAGUCCAGUAAAGAUGAGAGGACAUUUGGUCGCCACUAUGGUCGCUCACCAAUUGGCCAAGAGGCAGAUUUGGGAGAUGUAUUUGUCCGAGGCGAGCGGUAUUCGCUGAUUGCGGCUAUGUCAAUUGAUGGAUAUAUUGCAACGCGGGUACAACCAGGGUCCUUCGACUCAUUUGGUUUCUUUGAUUUCAUCAUUGAAGAUGUUCUACCGCUUAUGAACCCGUACCCAGAGAAGCAGAGCGUAUUAGUUAUGGACAACUGCAGGAUUCAUCAUACCGACACCUUGAUUGAUGUACUCAAUGCGUCUCAUUUCUCUGAUCUAUCCAGAUGUUAUGAUAUUGUAUCUUCCUCCUUAUUCUCCAGACCUCAACCCGAUUGA